AUGGCUCACGGCGUGAUAGAUACAAAUCUGGAACUAUAUGCGAAACCAAAGGAGCGAAAAAAUAUGUUACGUGUAUCAGAAAACCUGCUGCCGUAUCGUGCACCAAGAACGCCUGAUUAUUACAAUCACUUUUUCUGUCCGAACUUGUGUCACGUUUGCAAGAAGGAAGAUAAUGGCAAUAUGAUAACAUGUGAUCAGUGCUACAUGAUAUUGUACUGCGACAUCGAGCAUAAAAUGUUGCACUAUCCAGAGCAUAUGGAGUUCUGUGAAGCCAUAAAGAGACAUUUAGGAAAGGAUGCGCAAUGGCGUUCUCGUCGUUUCAAUCGCGACGAAUGGAUCCAGUCGAGAAAAAUAUUUCUCCAUUCCGUCCAGCAACAAAUACCGUGUGAAUUGAAGCCGUACGAACAACAAAUGAUACUGUUCGCAAAAUCGUGCCUUAUUUGCCAUCAACAGGCCAACCUGCAAACCUGCCGACGGUGCUAUUCUCACAACUAUUGCGUUGAUCAUGCAGCAGAAUUUGCAUAUCGUCACAAAGAGAAAUGCGAAAAUUUGAUGAUAUGUGUCAAUCUGGAUAUCGGAUAUUUCGAUAAUAAUUCAAUUAUGCAGAGUUUCAUAAGCACCCUUAAUGAGGAAAUCCACGACGAAAAUAUUUUUAUUAACCAUUUUGGCGAUUUUGCUACUUUAUUUAAGCUUGAUGUUUGUUUCCACACCAAGGAAUGGUUAUUUGACGAUUAUAUUUACUCCGACUUUUUAUCAGGAGUAUUAUCAUUGUUUCAUGCGAUGGAGGAGGCCGAAAUAAUUGAAUGCAAUAGAGGCGAAUAUGAUCUUCGUUGCAACUAUAUACAUGACGCUAAUAAUACAAAUGACGCUGAUAUAUGGCAUAUAUUUGACAAUAAUAUAAAUGACGCUGAUAUAUAUGACAAUAAUGCAAAUGACGAUUAUGAAAUGACAGAAGCCAUGAAGGACACUCUUGUUUUUCAUGUAAUAACCGGAACUAAUGUGGAUAAGCAAUAUUUGCCAACUUGGGAAAUUUUCAUACAUAUGAUGCGAUCCCUAAGUCACAUUAUAAUUGUACUGAUAGGACCAGACAUAGCGAACGAACGCAACAAUAUCGAAACCUGCAUAUUGUGCAAGAAAUAUGGGAACACGAUAUCCUAUGAAGGUCAUUGUACGUUAUAUCACAAUUAUGUGAACAGUGAAUUUUAUAAGCGACCGGACAUAAUUAUAGGAUUUCAAGCUGAACUUUAUCAUGAAAGCAUAGGACCGAAAUUUCUAAUGGCCGUAUAUAAUCAAUGCUGUCCAUUAGUUUUAACCACUACGUCAGUAUAUAAAAUGGAACAGAACAAAAGGAAGAUACACGAAUAUCUUAGUUCAGAAGUUGUUGAAUUAUCUGGAAAGUAUAUCUUAAAUAAGUUCUCUUCUCAUAGACCAUGGAGAGACUUUGAGACUGACAAUGUAUAUUAUCGUAAUAGCUAUAUAAUGGUAUAUAGACAUCUAAAUAAUUCUAUUUUUUAA